UUUAAAAGUCUCUCUUCCGAUAACGCAAGUACAAAUAAAUAAUAACAAUAAUCAACAUAAUUUGAAGUUAUUGGAUCUGUACUAAGAAUUCCUACCUACGUAAUAUUAAAGCAGGGGCGAAAUCACUAUAAAUAAGACCAACAACGGUUAACACUCACCAGUUCACUAGAUACCUUUUAGCGAACCAUAUCUACUCUUGUUUAAAUUUUCAUUCAAGCAAGAUUACAAUGAAGAUAAGUCUGUACUUGAGUGUACUUCUCUUGGCAUUAGUCAUCAAAAUCGUAACAGCCAAUGUUAGACUGCAGCGCUCACCUCAACAAUACUGUGGCUCUAAAUUGGCUGACAUCAUGAAAAUUCUAUGUAAAAACAAGUACAAUGGGCCAAAUGGACAAAAAAGAAACCCAAUUGAAUCAGAUGUAUGGGAUUACAAAGACUUAGAAGACUACAAUGCAAUUGACUACCCAUACCCGCCUAAGAAAGAAGCGAUGCCAUUCAUGCCACCACGUUUCCAACGCGCUAUUAAAAGAAGUAUCAUCGACGAAUGUUGUCACAGACCUUGCUAUUUAUCUGAGCUAAGAACUUAUUGUGCAACUCAAUAAUAAUACAUUUUAGUUAUACAUAAGUGUUUUUAGACGCUGAAUAAAGUUGUAACUAUUAUUAUAUAAAA